GCAGUCAGCUGUUGUGGCAUUACAGCAGUUAUCGAUAUGUCAUCACGCGAGGAAUUUCAGCGACAUAGCCGAAAACCGACACAUCACAUAAAAUAAUUUAUCUAAUAUCUGCGUGGCAGUGGCACUCUGCCAAAAUUCGAAGUAAUAAAUGCAAAGCGCAACGUACACAUUCCGUGAACAGGACAGGUCACCGCGCACCAUGAAUAUGCGCGACUGGCGAACAGCGCUCCGAACUCCAACAUAUCGGAUUGGUAAUCGCACGGUGCGCUUCAAUUACCAUUUCGCCCUGCUUGUCUUUUGUGCUUUCAUCCUGGCGUUGCUCUUCCUGUACGCACGGCAGGGCAGUCGGAGCUCCUCCGACGGCUACUGGCUGCGCAGUAAGAGCCACAACGACCUUGGCGUGAUGGCAGCAGCUCUAGCUGCCGCCUACAAUGCAACAUAUCCACUGACGCCGCCACUAAGUGUGCAGGGCGGCCUCGUCAAUUAUCGUAUUGCGAUGAUAGCUGAUCUAGAUACCAGCUCCAAAAUUGUCAAGGGCGACGGCAGCGAAACGUGGCGCAGUUAUCUCAAGAAGGGCUAUCUAACAUAUCUUCCGAAGAAGCAUGAGAUACAAAUUAACUGGGAUGAUGGUGCGCCCGUAACGCUGGAGUCUUCGUUCGCGUUGAAGGGUCGUGGCAUGGAACUCUCCGAGCUGGUCACGUUCAACGGCAAACUGCUCAGUUUCGAUGAUCGCACGGGUCUCAUCUACGAGAUAGCCAACGACAAGGCGAUACCGUGGCUAAUAUUGCUCGACGGCGAUGGACACAGUGCCAAGGGCUUCAAAUCCGAGUGGGCAACUGUCAAGGAUCACACAUUGUAUGUUGGAUCCAUGGGCAAGGAGUGGACAACCAGCAUGGGUGACUACCAGAACAACAAUCCCAUGUUUGUCAAGGCAAUCAGCAUCACCGGCGAGGUGCGCUCCCUUACAUGGGCGGAGAACUACAAGAAACUGCGCCUGCACUCGGCACAGAUCUCCUGGCCCGGCUACAUGAUACACGAGAGCGGCGUCUGGUCGCCAGUGCAUCAGCGCUGGUUCUUUCUGCCACGUCGCUGUUCGAAGGAAAAAUACAACGAAACAUUGGACGAGCACAUGGGCUGCAAUAUACUCGUUUCGGCUAACGAGGACUUUAAUGUUAUAGAAACGAUUAACUUGGAGGCGGGCAAUACGACGCCAACGCAUGGCUUCUCCAGCUUUAAGUUUCUGCCCAACACAGAGGAUACGAUAAUCGUAGCCCUCAAAUCGGAGGAGUUGAAUGGCAAGACCUCAACCUUCGUGACCGCCUUCAAUUUGGAGGGAAAAACGCUGCUGGCGGAGACGCGAAUCGAGACGGAAUACAAAUACGAGGGCUUCGAGUUUAUUUAGCGAAGCGCCCCAACUGCAAUACUCAGUGUAUAUAGUGCAUUAUCCGACAUACAUAUGUGAUAUAUAAUAUAUAUAUAUAUAUAUAUGUGUGAGUUAGCCUCGAUCUUAAUCUCAAGUCAGCUUUUAAUAUAUAUAUAUAGUUAAUUAAGAUAUUUAGGAGAUGCUCGUUAGACCAAUGCCAUUAAUUUUUCGCU